CCGGCCCACUCGAACAGCGGCGUCCUUCUCCUUCGCCUGCUGCUGGAGCUGGACGACGCCACGUCGAGCACCCAACCCCCUUGCUCCCCUCCGCGGCCGCACCAAUGGCGACGCCAACGGCAUCUCCCCGCUUGCCCCUCGCCUCCUCCUCCUCCUCCGCCGCCGCCCGCGCCUUCUCCUCCCACAAGCGCUUCAUCCGCUCUCCGUGCUUUCCCCCGCGCCGGGGGGCCCGCCUCCGGGCGGGCUCCGUCAAGGAGUGGCGCGAGUUCGAGGACGAGGCGGGCGCCGCGAAGGAGUGGAGGGAGUUCGAGGACGCCGUCAGGAGGAAGGACCUCCCCCGCGCGCUCCGCUUCCUGCAGUCCGUGGAGCCCGCGGCUGGGACCGCGGCGACGCAGGUCGUCGCGGUGCCCGUGCCGCCGGGCCGGGACUGGGAGGUACUCGACGCCUGCAUCGACGCCGACGACAUGCGCCUCGUCGGCCGGGCCUACCAGUUCCUCGUCGACCGCGGGGUCCUCGCCAACUUCGGCAAGUGCAAGAACAUCGUUCUAGAAGGACCAAGAGAAGUGACACCAACUGUUUUAAAGGAGAUGACGGGGUUGGAAGCUGCCAAACUUGCACCAAAGAAAUGGGGUCUUUCGGGAAGUUCUCCUUACGUUCUUGUUGGAUUUCUUGGAGGUGUAUCUUUUCUACUAACUCAAGGGAUUGAUCUAAGGCCUAAAUUGGGUGCUGUAUUGGCAUUAGCAACAGCUGAUGCAAUCUUUCUUGGUGGUACUUGUCUCGCGCAAAUCUCAUCUUUCUGGCCUCCAUUUAAGCGCCGAAUACUUGUACAUGAAGCAGGCCAUCUUCUUACUGCCUAUCUAAUGGGUUGCCCGAUACGAGGAGUCAUUUUGGAUCCAUUUGUGGCAUUGCGAAUGGGCAUUCAGGGACAGGCAGGGACUCAAUUCUGGGAUGAAAAGAUGGAAAAAGAACUUGCUGAGGGACAUCUAUCAAGUACAGUAUUUGACAGGUACUCCAUGAUUCUGUUUGCCGGGAUCGCUGCUGAAGCACUUGUUUAUGGGGAGGCAGAAGGUGGAGAGAAUGAUGAGAAUUUGUUCAGGAGUUUGUGUAUUCUACUUAACCCGCCGCUUUCUGUUGCACAGAUGGCAAACCGAGCUCGUUGGUCAGUCAUGCAAUCUUAUAACCUUUUGAAGUGGCACAAGAAAGCGCAUAGAGCGGUGGUCAAAGCACUGGAAGAGGGACAUAGCCUCAGCGUUGUGAUAAGAAGGAUAGAAGAAGCCAUCGCCUCUGACAGAUAGCUUGUUGAAUUGAUCAUAUGUUCCUAUUAACCAAGGUUUCCUCGACAGCUUGCACCAAAGGUUGGUGCGUGUUGAAACAAGACGGUGCUGUUGAAAGCAAGUGGUGCAAUUCUCAAGGUGGGUAAGGGAGGUCAAAGCAUCUGAGGGACCAACGAGAUCAACUGAUACAUUAGAGAUUUGAAGGAACUCAAAAAUCCAUUUCAAUAUGUGAUUAGUGUAUUGCAGAUAUAAUAAAUAUACAUAGGAGAGAUUGAUUCUUGAUGGAUAUAUGAACAUAGGUAGGAUUAGAAAUUGCUGAACCGAGAAGCAGAGAAAAACAGCAGUCAGGAUUGUGUCCUUCCAAUAACAAACUGAGGAUACAUUUGACAAAGGAGGACAACAGCAAUCUGGCAUUUGUAUUGUUGCUAAACCCGUGUAUGAUUCUGCAAUCUCAAAAACAAUUAAUGUACGUACAGUAUCUGGCUGAUUGGCCAUGCAUGUUGCUGAUGACCAUAUCCUUUACAAUUAA